AGAGUUGGAAGAAAAACGGAACACAAGGGGGGAAAAAAACCUAUUGCAAAGCGAGAGGUGUGAGGAGAAAGGAGGAAAAUGACCCACGUGGACCGAGAGAAUUUGCAGCGCUGCAGGGAAUAUAUAGUGAAGACUUUAAAUCCUGCUUAUAUAUUGAGCUACAUGAAAGCCUGGCUGUCCGAUGAGACUGUGGAGAAAAUUCAAGAGCAAAGUAAUCAGCCAACCAUGGCAGCACAGCUCUUUCUUCAGUCCAUUCUGGAGCUCAGCCUGGAUGGAUGGUUCCGUGGAUUUCUGGAUGCACUAAACGCAGCAGGUUAUACUGGCCUUCAACAAGCAAUUGAAAAUUGGGAUUUCAAGAUAAUUGAAAGUCUGGAACCUUACAGGGAAUUAUUGAAACGAAUUGAGCCUACUUUGCAGGACAUUGACAUCAAACAAAUUCAUCCCCACAUGAAUAACUGCCUCCUACUCCAGGAAUGGGAAGAAAUUUACCAGGUUAGAGAAAGCAAAGGGAGAAGAGCAGGUGCAAGCAAAUUCGUAGCAUGCCUGUGUCGAUCGGACAAAGAAUAUUGGCCUAAAACCUUCCACCUGGCGCUGGAUAUGGCUGAAUACAGGGACCAAAGCAAACUAUGGACUUUCAGAGGAGAUGAUAAUGCAGAUGUCAAAAUGGCAAGUGACGAUGAUGACGGCUGUGUUCUUAGUGAGACUCUACAGUUUUCUGAAGGAGCAGAAUCUGACAAUCUUUGUGGAAGUUCAUGGUUGCCUUCAAAUGCCUUCCAGCAGACCAGGUGUGCUCCAAGGGAGGCGAGAAGCUAUCAGAUAGAGCUUGCUGAGCCUGCUCUCAAUGGCAAACACACCAUGAUUUGUGCUCCUACUGGAUCUGGGAAGACCUUUGUGUCUAUUAUGAUAUGUGAACAUCAUCUCCGCAACAGGCCUGCCGGGCAGGAAGGAAAAGUGGUCUUCCUUACUACAAAAGUCCCAGUCUAUGAACAACAGAAGAAAGUCUUCCAUGAAUACUUCAAAAGCGACUACAACGUUGCAGGCAUCUGUGGGGAAAAUGCUUCCUUGUUCCCUGCAGACAUGGUUAUUAAGGCGAAUGAUAUUAUUGUCAUGACACCCCAGAGUCUUUUGAACUCUCUGAAUAACGGGACGCUUCCUUCUCUUGCAAUAUUCACGUUGAUGAUAUUUGAUGAGUGCCACAACACUACAGGGCAUAACCCAUACAAUAUGUUAAUGUCCAAGUACUUGGACCUUAAGUUGCAGCAAAGUGCAAUUCUGCUACCUCAGAUUGUAGGAUUGACUGCUUCUCCUGGCAUUGGCAGUGCCAGAAACCUAGAGGAGGCCAUAGAAUACAUCUGCAAGAUUUGCGCUUCACUCAAUAUUGAAGUGAUAUCAACAGUCAGAAAGAACAUAAAUGACCUAGAACAAAUUGUGCAUAAGCCUGAAAAAAUUAUUAGGCUUGUUGGGAAUCGUCCACAAAAUCGCUUUGUGGAUAUUAUAUCUCAGAUGAUGUCGAAAGCGGAGUACCUGGCAAGGCAGUUUUAUUCUAUUGAUGCCUUGUCCGAAAUGACGAAUCAGGGUUAUGGGACCCAGAAAUAUGAGCAGUGGAUAGUUGAUGUGCAGAAGAAGACUGUGGUGUUACAGAUGCCAAACAAGGAAGAAGAAAGCCGAGUCUGCAAGGCUCUUUUUAUUUGCACAGAGCACCUCCGGAGAUACAAUGAUGCCCUGAUAAUCAAUGAAGAUGCCCGAACCAAAGAUGCUCUGGCUUAUCUGAAGGAUUUUUUUGAGGAUAUGAAAAUUGGCGAGUUUGAUGAAAUUGAACAGCAGCUGGCUUCAAAUUUUGAAGUUAAUUUGCCAGAGCUCACUGCUGCUUCCCAGGAUGAAUCCAGUGAAAACCCCAAAUUGGAAGACAUUACAGAGAUCUUGGGAGAGGCAUAUCACUUCAACCCUGAAACACGCACUAUCCUCUUUGUGAAGACAAGAGCACUGCUAGCAGCAUUGAAGAAUUGGAUAGAAGAAACACCUGAACUUCAGCACCUGAAACCAGAGGCACUGAUGGGACGUGGGAAGAGAAGCCAUUGUACAGGCAUGACCCUCCCAAAUCAAAAAGGGAUUUUGGAUGCCUUUAAAACGAAUGGGGACAGCAAGCUGCUAAUAGCAACUUCAGUUGCUGAUGAAGGGAUUGAUAUUGCUCAGUGCAACCUGGUCCUGCUGUAUGAAUAUACAGGCAACGUCAUCAAAAUGAUACAAGUCCGAGGUCGUGGAAGAGCAAAAAAUAGCAAAUGCAUUCUUGUGACAAGCAAAAAAGAGCAGGAAGAGAAGGAGAGAUACAAUUUGCAGAAGGAGGAAAUGAUGAACAAAGCUAUUGAAGUGGUGCAGAGCUUGGAUGAAAAGAUGUUUUUCCGUAAGAUAAACGAGUUGCAAAAGAUGCAAAAACUGAUACUAGAUUCCAAGAAAAAACCAACGCAACCAAAACCCUGGAUGAAGAAUCGAGUCCUCUUGUGUGGCAAAUGUAAGAAAUAUGCCUGCAGCACGGAGCACCUCCGGGUGAUUGAGGAGUCGCACCACACUGUUUUAGAUGAGAAAUUUAGAACACAGUAUAAAACAGAACCUCACAAGAAGGCACACCACUAUGGGAAUUUUGAGAAAAAAUGCAAGAUCUACUGCAACAAGUGCCAUUAUGACUGGGGAAUCACAGUGAAAUACAAGACAUUUGAGGAGAUGCCCAUCAUCAAAAUUGAGAGUUUUUCAGUGCAGGAUAUUGUCACCAAUAAGCAGUUUCACUUCCGAAAAUGGAAGGAUAUUGAUUUUGCAAUUAAAGACUUUGAUAUUGAAGAAAUGUCUGAAUGAAAUGCUACCUAUUCAAACUUCUGUUUCUAGUCUUGCAUAAGCAAAUUCAUUGUUUUAAAGUCAAAUUGGUAACUGGGGUGUGAUUAACUUUCCAGCUACUCCAGUGUGGAUUCACACUCUAAGAUAGCUUUGACAUCUUUGUGACUUUUAAUACUCUUCCAUUAGCCAGUGCUUUUUCAGAAAAGCUAAUCUGUUCCUAUUGCUGUCUUUUGAUUAUGCAGUUUAAUAAUAAACACAUAUUUGAAACUUUAAA